AUGUCAACCAACACUUUCGCAACACAGAGCGACAUGGUACAACGAAUCAACAUCGGCGGCCUAAGGUUACCUACCGACCAAGAACGAGCAAGAAUAUCUCAGCUUUCUGCUCGUCCGCAGCUCAUAAGUAUACAGCAGUUACCCAUUCAAACCAGCUUCGGAUCUUACGGUAGUUACCCUUCUCCGGCUGCGUUCCAACAACAGCCUUUCUUUCCUUCUCCCGGCGUCGCUGCUACUAAUUGCUUUCCUCCUGGUGCCUUCCCCCACCAGCAACAACCUUACAACCUGGGUAGGUCACAACCCGCAUUCUCUCCUGGCGUCGCUGCUUUCAGUGGCUUCCCUGCUGGUGUCUUCGCCAACCAGCAGCCGCAAUAUCACACUCCGGGUGGGCCACAACCCGUGUAUGCUCCUGGCGUCGCUGCUACUAACUGCUUUCUUACUGGUGCCUCCCCCCAUCAGCUACAAUAUUUUCCCCAGGCUCAGACCUAUGGAGGUCAGUAUAGCCAGAAUGCCUUCGCGGCACCGGUGCAGGGUCCUUGGGCGGCUCAGAAUGUUGCGAGUACCGCCGCGCCGCCUGCUCAGCAGGAAGAACAGUAUUUUGAUCUCACCAGAGAUGACGAAGAAGAGGUGCGAGCACCCACACUAGCAUCAGCAUGCCCUGUUGUCCCCGCCUCGGCCGCCCAAGACAUAGGUCUCCUCACCCCUGCGGAUACACCCUCCUCACUAGAGGCCCUCUCCGUCCCCGAGGCACCCUGCCACCUCGGCGAACGAGUCAAACACCUCCAGUUGACCAUCAGAGAAAGCUACGAACCAUGCGCCUUCCGCCUUUUCCGCAGCUUCAUGUUCAUGAACAUAAAACAGCAGCGCGAGUACUGCAGCUUGUUUUGGCCCUCGAACGAAGAGGCUUAUGAAGAGAUCCUUCGAGCCUCCAAACUCUCUCUGGAUUUCUCGACCAUAUACUAUUUGCGCCUUUCGUUAACAUCGAAGCUGAAAGAGGCCAAGAGCGAAGAAGAGCGCGAGAAGUUGGAAGAAGAAAAUGAGGCCAUUUGCGCUGAGAUGGAGAGAACUUGCAAAGCCAAAUUGCAAGAUAGGAGGGAUGAAGAGAAUUUGAGCAAUCUCCACCAGGCUGUUACCACUACCAAGGGUAAGAAGAGCAAGGCCUCGAGGGCAGCACAACUAGAGGUGUGGAAUGAGGAAAAUGUAAGAGUGCAGGAAGCAAAGCAGGAGAGGUGGGCGAAGCUGGAUGGCCAGCAAACCUCAACUUCGCUUGCUGGCCAAAAGAGGAAGCAAAGGGUUCAAGAGGAGCCUAACCCUGCUCCGAAGAGGGGGAGACCUCCAAAGGUCAGGGCUGCAGAGGACGUGGCUGUGGUGAAGGAGAAGAAGAAUCGUGGGAGGCCUCGGAAGAGCCCUGUGGUUCAAGAACCGACUCCUGAGCACGCCAUCGAUGAAGCGGAGGAUGAUGGGGCGUUGGAAGCAGCACUGUAUGCUGGCUUGUGCGAGGAUGUCGUUGGAGAGGAGGAGGAUGGGUCGUCUGAAGCAGCUCCGCAAACAUGGCUCGCCGCUGAUGACAGUGACGUUGUCGAUGAGAGUGCUGAGGUGGAGACUUCUGGACGAGUACAAAUGCACGAUGAAGAUGAUCGGGUUGCCGGAGCCGUCGCCGAGGACCGACCGGAGGAGGUUCGUGUGGAUGAGAGUGCUGCUGUAAUCGCCAGCUCGUCUCAAGAGCAUGGACAAGAGGAAGAGGGCUGUGACGAAGACUCUCUCUUCGGAGACUCUCUUUUCGAAGACUUUGAGCUUGGAAACCUCCUCGAUACGGGGGCUGCGAAUGAUAUUGGGGCUACGCUAGACGGCAUGUUCUUCUAG